CUUCCGCCACGAGCACCGCCGGCCGCGGCUCACCGUGCAGGCCUGGGCGGCGCUCGUCCUGCUGCUGGCCGGCGCGGUAUACGCGGACGAUCUGAUGGAACGGUCGGAGCGGCAGCUGUACGCCGAUCCGGUCAUCCUGUCCCGCACGUCCACGUAUCAGCGCAUCGUGCUGACGCAGGCCAACGGCGACGUGCGGCUGUUCCUGAACGGCAACCUCCAGUUCUCCUCGCGCGACGAAUACCGCUACCACGAGGCGCUGGUCCAUCCCGGCCUGGCCGCCGUCGCGGCGCCGCGCCGCGCGCUGGUGCUCGGCGGCGGGGACGGGCUGGCGGUCCGCGAAAUCCUCAAGGACAACCGCGUCGAGCAGGUUACCCUGGUGGACCUCGACCCGCUGGUGACGGAACUCUUCACGGCACACGAGGCGCUGGCGGCGCUCAACGACCAUGCCCUGCGCUCGCCGCGCGUCACGGUGGUCAACGCCGACGCGUUCGUCUGGCUGGAGGAGCAUGCCGACCGCUACGACUUCAUCGUCGUCGACUUCCCCGAUCCGUCGAACUACUCGCUCGGCAAGCUGUACACCACCACCUUCUACCGGCGGCUGGCGGCGCACUUGACUGCGGGCGGCGUCGUCGCGAUCCAGAGCACGUCGCCGCUGGCGGCCCGCGAGGCGUUCUGGUGUAUCGUCGCGACGGUGCGCGACGUCGGCCUGCACGCCGCGCCCUACCACGCGGCGAUUCCGUCGUUUGGCGAAUGGGGCUUCGUGCUCGCGUCCCGGGAGCCGUUGCAGGCGCCGGACCGCUUCCCCGCCGCGCUGCGCUACCUGACGCCGGCCAUCGCCCGCUCGCUCUUCGAGUUCCCGGCCGACAUGGACGCGGUGCCGGUCGAGGUGAACCGCCUCAACAACCAGAUCCUCGUGCAGUACCACACGGACGGAUGGAGCCGCUACGCACGCUGAAGCGGGGCCAGCCGCUGUCGCGCCGGGACCUCCUCAGGCUCGGUCCCGCGGCGGCUGGCGUGCUGGGCUUCGGCUGCCGGCCGGGCGCGCCGGCACCCGCCGGUACGCCGGCCCCGGGCCGGAUCACCGGGACGAUUGUCGGCGCCUCCCACCGUAUCGGCCACCGCCUGCGGGACGGCGAGUUCCCCGCGCCGCAACAGACGCGCGAGGUCCCGGUCGUCAUCGUGGGGGGCGGCAUGGCGGGGCUGUCGGCCGGCUGGAAGCUCGCCGGGAGCGGCAUGCGCGACUUCGUGCUGCUGGAGCUCGAGCCGGAGCCGGGCGGCAACGCCCGCUGGGGACAGAAUCAGGUCUCGGCCUACCCGUGGGGAGCGCACUAUGUGCCGGUGCCGGGCCCGGAAGCGACGGCGGUUCGCGAGCUGCUGGUCGAGAUGGGCCUGGUGCAGGGUCACGGUCCGGACGGGGAGCCGAUCUACGACCCGCGGCAUCUGUGCCAUGCACCGCAGGAGCGGUUGUUCAUCCACGGCCAGUGGCGCGACGAGAUCUCCGCGCGGGCCCUGCUUGACGCCGAGGAAACUGGCGCCGGCGCGGAACUCGCCGCGUUCGAGGCCGAGGCGCGGCGCUACCGCAACUAUCGCGAUGCGCGCGGCCGCCGGGCAUUCGCGCUGCCGCGCGCGGCAAGCACGACCGACGCGGACAUCAUCGCGCUCGACCGGCUCUCCAUGCGCGACUAUUUCGACCGCGCCGGCUGGUCGUCCGAGCGGCUGCGCUGGUACGUCGACUACUGCUGCCGCGACGACUAUGGCUGCACGCUCGACACCACCUCGGCCUGGGCCGGCUGGCACUACUUCUGUUCGCGCCCGGCCGAUGCGGAAUACCUGACCUGGCCGGAGGGGAACGGCCGCAUCGUCCGUCAUUUCAUGGAGCGCCUGGCGCCGCACGUCAGCACCGGCAUGCUCGUGCACCGGCUGCGUCCGGCGGUGGACCCGGACGGGGCGCCGGCGCCGGAUGGCGGCGUCGACGUCGACGCGCUGGAUACCGGCGCCGGGACCACGGUCCGUUUCCGGGCGCGCCACGCCAUCUACGCCCUGCCGCGCUUCACGGCCCGCCGCGUCAUCGACGGCUACCCGCCGCCCGGCGCGGAGCCGGACGCGUUCACGUACUGUCCGUGGAUGGUGGCCAACCUCACGGUCGACCGGCUGCCGGACGGCGCCGCCUGGGACAACGUGCUGUACGACAGCCCGUCGGUCGGCUACGUGGUCGCCACGCACCAGAACCUCGGGAUAGCGCCCGGGCCGAGCGUGCUGACCUACUACCUGCCGCUGACCCCGCCCAACCCGGAGGUGGCCCGCGCCUGGAUGCUGGAGCGGAGCUGGGACGACUGGGUCUCGCUGAUCUUCGCCGACCUUGUACAGGCGCACCCCGCGAUCGAGUCGCUCGUGUCCAACAUCGACGUCAUGCUGUGGGGGCACGCCAUGGUCCGGCCGGUGCCCGGUUUCUUGUGGGGCGUCGCGCCGCGCGCCAGCCGGCGCCACGGCAGCAUCCGUUUCGCCCACUCCGACAUGAGCGGGCUGUCGCUGUUCGAGGAGGCGCAGUAUCAGGGCGUGCGCGCGGCCGAAGAGGUGCUGCGCGCGCUGGGGCAUCCGCACCGCAGCAGCCUGGCGCCCGCCGCGGAAAUUUGA